AUGAUGACUAUCACCACAGAUCUUGGAUACCCUCCCGAAUUCCGGUCGUUUCGGAGUUCAGCGAGGUCCAUCGACACAAUAAUCGAGAAAGAAGAGAAACCUGCCACUGCAUCGGCGUCUGGUUUACGAUUCUACGCAGCCUUCAGCUGCCUCUGUGUCGUCAACCUCGUUUCUGCAUUGGAUGCCUCUUCUCUCUCUGUUGCCCUACCAACAAUCGCAGAAGAGCUCCAUGGCUCUGGUGUUGAGGCCUUCUGGAGCGGCACUUCUUUCCUUCUCGCAUCGACCGUCUUCCAGCCCAGCUUUGCCUCCUUUUCGGAGGUGUUCGGGCGUAAACCAAUCCUUCUCAUCGCCCUUACCCUUUUCACUGCUGGCGCCAUCAUAGCAGCCGUCUCCCACAACUUUGCAGUCCUUCUUGUCGGACGCACCAUCCAGGGAAUUGGUGGCGGUGGCAUUCAAGCACUAUCCAACGUCAUCAUCACCGACCUUGCGCCACUCAAGGAGCGUGGAAAGUAUGUCGGCAUCAUUGCCAUGACCUGGGCUGUCGGCAGCGUGGCCGGUCCCGUCAUCGGCGGUGUACUCGUGGAGAAGUCUUCCUGGCGCUGGAUCUUCUGGCUCAACAUCCCCUUCUGCGCCGUCGCCUUCAUCAUGAUCCCCCUCUUCCUCAACCUCCAACACACACGCGGCAACCUCCUCUCCAAACUCCGCAAAAUCGACUGGAUCGGCUCCUUCCUCUUCGUCGCCUCCACGACCUCCAUCCUCAUCCCCAUCACCUGGGGCGGCACCACGUACCCGUGGACGCACUGGCGCACCCUCACGCCCCUCCUUGUCGGCCUCCUCGGCCUGGGCCUCUUCCUCGCCUGGUCCGCCUUCCUCACCCCCACCCAACCCAUCCUCCCCGGCAGCCUCUUCCGCACGCGCACCUGCCUGACGACGUACCUCUCCUUCGUCAUCCACGGCAUGGUCCAGUGGGGCAUCCUCUUCUACAUGCCGCUCUACUUCGAAUCCGCCAAGCGCCUCUCCGCCAUCGGCGCCGGCGUCGCGCUUUUUCCCUGGACCUUCACCGUCGCCCCCGCCGCCGUCGUCGUCGGCUUCCUCAUCGCGCGGCUCGGUCGGUACCGCUGGGCGCUGUGGUCCGGGUGGACGCUGGUGUGCUGCGGUAUGGGGUUGUUGAUCUUGUUUGAAGAGGACACGCCGACGAAGAUGUGGGUGCCGCUGGCGCUGGUGUCGGGGUUGGGGCUCGGCGUGCUGUAUCCGGCGCAGUCGCUGUGCAACCAGGCGGCGGCCCCGCCGGAGGAUGUGGGCAUCGCGUCGGCGCUCAGCGCGUUUUUUAGGAACUAUGGGCAGAUGCUGGGCGUGGCGGUGGGCGGGACGGUCGUGCAGAAUGCGAUGAAGGGGAAGUUGGAGGACUCGGGGAAUGCGUACCUCGUUGCGCAUGCGGGGUCGAUCAGUAAGGAUGUGAGUUCGCUCGUGGAGACGAUCAAGGUGAUGCGGAAGAGUAGCGAUGCCGCGGAGUUGGCGAUGGUGGAUGAGCUGGUGACGGCGUAUUGUGGCUCGCUGCGUACGUUGUGGAUUGUCAUGUGCGCGCUGGCUGGCGUGGCGUUGGUGUGCAGUGUCGCGUUUACGAAGAAGUACUCGCUCGAUCGUGAGUUGGAGACGGAUCAGGGGUUUGUGUUGGAUAAAGUACCGGCGUCGAAGUCUGACGUUUAG